CCUGAUACGAACGUCAAUUGAGCGUUUGCCGUCGUCGGUGUGGCACCCCUUUUGAAUUCUAACCUACUGCAUGAUCAGUCAAGGUGCUGCAGAUUCCUCCUAGAUUUGGUGAAGACGAAACACCUUGCCGAAGACGUUGUCAAUGAAUGGGUGUCUCGAUCACCAUGGGGUCGUUUGUUCUCAUCUUUGUAAUCGCGAUUAGUGCAUCACUUGUACCGGGAGGGGUGACUCAAAGUUCACCUGCCACCUUUUUCGUGACCUCUCCCAACGUGUUUCGGGUUGAUGUGCCCGAGAGCGUCGUCGUAACCCUCAUCAGAUCCACACCAAACGUUCAGAAUGUUCAAGUGAGAGUCUCUUUGAGGCGGCCUGGUUCGGGUGUACAUUUUUCGGAAGAUACAAGAGCUGUCAGCCCAGGUUCAUCUCAACUUUUUACGGUCGAAAUUCAAGCCGAUAAUUUGAUGAGAAAUGAAGGAGAUUUCCAACACAUGGUCUUAAAGGCUGAAUCUCUGGACCCUAGCUACCCAUUCCAAAAGGAAACAGAAAUCCUGGUCACUCUUCAAUCUGGUUACGUCUUCGUACAGACGGACAAGCCAAUCUACACCCCUAACCAAGACGUGAUAAUCAAGGUCAUGUCCUUGGAUCAGGAAAUGCUUCCAUCGGAUCGAGAGCUCCACGUCGAAAUAAUUGAUCCAAGUGGGACCAGUGUAAAAAGACUCAGACAGACUCAAGCCCUGCCUUCCGGGUUCCUAUCAGGCGAGUAUAGGUUCCAUAGUCAUCCAGCCUUAGGUAUAUGGACCGUUUCGGCUUUCUACGGACCCGAGUUCCUUGUCGAGUCAAGUGCGACAUUUGUAGUCAAGGAGUAUGUUCUACCGACAUUUUCAGUGAGCAUCGAAACGCCUAAAUACAUUCUAGCCGGAGCUUAUUCAGUGGUCUCGACAAUAAAUGCUCAGUACGUAUUUGGCAAGCCUGUGCUUGGCCGCUAUACCUUUAAGUAUGGCGUUAUCCAGGAUGGUACUGUUCAAGAGCUGGGAGAGAGGCAAGGUCUGAUUGGUGAUACUGGAAGGGCUGUAGUUACUUUGGAUGAUCUCAGUACUGAUUUUGAUGGUCCAGACUGGUUUGAUCGGUUCAGAGGUCGCCAUUUCCAUGCAAAGGCAAUCGUACACGAAUCAGCGACUCAGUUCAGUGAAGCAAGCAUCAACACGAAGGCAAUUUUCGUCGACUCACCAUACAAAUUCAGUAGAAAGCGAACUGUGCAGUACUUCAAGGCUGGGCUCAAUCUGCAAGUAAAUCUGGAUUUAACAUUUGCAAAUGGAGAUGUGGCCACCGAUGUUCCUGUAAGUGUCAUAGCAACUGCCAGAUUUCCAGGUGGUCGAGAGGAGCCACUACGGAGGACUGAUAUAUAUGGUAGUCAGGUAGACCUGAGAUCCAACACUGAUGAUCAAGGAGGAGUCAGUAUGGAUUUUGGUGUCCAAUCAAGUAUAAGGAGCAUUCACAUUGUGGCAUCAACUCAUGAUCCGCAAUAUCCGAACAACCAAGCCGAUAUGUCCUUUGGAGUAAGUCUAGCAGACUCGGCCAAUGGGAAUGAUUACUUGGUCAUCAGACCCCGAUAUGCAGAUUACCGUAGCCUGAAUGUUGAUGUGACAACUGAUUUCUUGGUUCAGAGAAUUGGAACAACAGGAAAUGAAGACAUAGACCUCCACUUUCUUUGCAUUACAGGUGGCAAGAUUGUUCUGCAGGGAGUUCAGCAACGCAUAAGUGCAUUUGGUACAAACCUGCCCAUAACAAUCAGAUCCAACAUGGUUCCACGAAUGCGACUGAUUGUCUACUAUGUCACUAUGGAUGGCAGCGUUAUUGCCGACUCUCUCCUUUUAGGUGUGGAAGAACAGUGCAGACAAAACCAAGAGGUUUCCCUGGAGAUUCUUCCAAGGCAUGUAGGACCUGAACGUACCGUUUAUGAACCCAAUGGGGAGAUACGGGUAGAAGUUACUGCACCUAACAACUCCUAUGUUGGCCUUCUAGCUGUUGACAAAGCUGUCUAUCUGCUAAGAAACAAGGACCGAAUGGGCAAACGAAAGAUGUAUGAUUGGAUGAGGAGCUAUGACACAGGAUGCGGACCAGGAGGGGGACAAAACACUGCUCAAAUUUUCAAGGAUUCUGGAAUGACUGUACUUACCAACGCAGGUCUGGAUGUUGCUAUUCGUGAAGAGAUUGAAUGCGUGGAUGAACCUACAAGAAAGAAGAGGUCCAUUGACAGGGAUCAACAGUGUCUGUAUGAUCCGACUUAUCUAGUAAACUGUUUAGCUGAUAAACCAAGGUUGCGAAGAUCAGGCGGGGGUGUUGGUUAUCAGAAUGGUGAUGUAAGAGUCCGAGAGGACUUCAAAGAGACUUGGUUUUUCGACGUCGUUUCCAUGCCUGAAGAUGGUAGUCCGUACUUAUACCCGAUCUCCACCUCAAGUAGUAUCACGGAUUGGCAUUUGACAGCUGUCAGUUUUUCACCUACUCAAGGAAUGUGUAUUUCUGAAACCACGGUGAGUGUGUUCCAGGAUUUCUUCAUCCAGCUCCACCUUCCCUACUCAGUUGUCAGGCUCGAACAGACGCAAGUCAUCGCCACUAUUUUCAACUAUGGUAUCAGGGGUUUUGAGAUCAAUGUUAAUUUCACUGUUGAAGACGGCUUGUGCACAGCGGAAAAUCCUACCAUUCGCCACGUUUUUGUUGAAUCUAGACGGGCAGCCUCUGCAGCCUUCAUCGUACGCCCUGUGGAAGUAGGGGAAUUCCAAAUCACUGUGACUGCUGGUGGAAGCGUGAAUAAGCGGGACAUCGUCAGGAAAACUCUUCUCGUCGUGCCUCAAGGAGUUAUGAAGAGGAAAGGUAGAUCUGUGAUCCUGAAUCCUGGGAGAGUGAUGUUCAGUGAUGAUGUCACAACACCGUCCCCUAAUAACAGCUUUGCCCAAGGAACAACGUUAUUUGGGGAGAACCAACAGUUUGAGCAGAUGACCAUUUCUUUGCCUGAAGAUUCUAUUCCAGACACUGAGUCUUGCAGUGUCAAACUUAUCGGUAUUCCGACUGAAACUACAGCCACAGAUCCCAUAGGUGGGCUAGAUCAUCUAGUGAGGCGACCUAGAGGCGAUGGCGAACAAACCAUGAUAUUCCUGGCUCCAACACUCUUCGUCUAUCAGUACCUGAUAGCCGUAGGAUCAGAUACAGUAGAACAAGAGGCACGGAUCUAUGACUACAUCGCUGAUGGAGUUGUCCGAGAGCUGACCUAUCGGCAACCUAAUGGUGCAUAUGCAGCAUGGACGCAUCGACCUGGAAGUACAUGGUUGACGGCAUUCGUUGUAAAGGUGUUCAGCCAGGCUAACAGGUUCACUUGGGUAGACCCAGUCCAUGUGGAAGGUAGUAUAAACUGGCUCAUUGACAACAACCAGCUACCAUCAGGGGCUUUCCAAGAAAGUCGUCAAGUAUUUUACCAGGAAAUGAUUGGAGCUGUACAGGGAGAAACCUCUAUGACAGCAUUUGUUCUCAUCUCUCUCCUGGAGAGCCGGAAUUUACUUGUCCCUGCAAACCAGAAAAUUGAUGAUGCAAUUGGGAAUGCGACCGAAUACCUGGUUACCCACGUUGAAGAUAUAGACAGAGUCUAUGACAAGGCUAUUGUCACUUAUGCCUUGGCGCUGGCUGAGAGCCCAAGUAUGAGGAUUGCAAAUGACUAUCUGUGGGGUGAUCGAAAUGAAGAUGAUACUGGGGCUGUUAGUUUUACUCCGGAUGUAGCCAAUUAUAGAGAUGGCAGCCAGCCAUAUUGGCUGCAGAGAAGACCUUCUGCUGUUGAAAUAGAAACCUCCGGCUAUGCUCUCCUGGCACAAAUUGCAUUACAUGAUUAUCAAAAGGCAGGCAAAGUUGCUCUCUGGCUCAGCAAUCAACAGAACUAUGGUGGAGGAUUUGUAUCAACUCAGGAUACCGUAGUAGCACUACAGGCACUUGCCAAGUAUACUGAGCGUCCUGAGUUCAAUACUAUCAAUAUGGAUUGUGAAUUGGCAACUGAGCAAAUCACUGUUCAUAGGUAUCACAUUGGAGAUGACUAUGUACAAGAAGAAGUUGAUGUGUCACAGUCAAUUGGACGCAGCUUAACAAUUGGUUGUAGAGGAACUGGAAUUGCCAAAGCAUAUGUGGAGCUUCGUUACAACACAGAACAAUCUGAUAUUGACACCUGUCCCUUCCAUCUUAACACCAGUGCUGUAGAAAUCGAUUCAAAUGCACUCAGGAGUCAGAAUGUAAAGGGGCUGAGGAUAACAGUCUGCACAAGCUACAAUGGUGAUGGAACAACCCAUAUGAGCAUUCUUGAUGUAGGAUUGUACUCUGGAUUUAAUGCUGUUGAACAAACAGAACCAGAAAUAGAAGGGCUCGAAGAGAUGGUGAAUGGCAGCGAAAUAAUUUCUUCGUAUGAAGCCAGCUCACGCUCUGUCAUCUUUUAUUUAAAUCAGAUUCCGGAUGAUGAAGAUCUGUGCUUUACUUUUUCGGCCAAAUCAUACGUGGUUGUAGGAAAUGUGCAAGCAGCUGCUGUUCAUUUGUACGACUAUUAUGACCCAGACAAAUCUUGCACGAUAUCCUACAAACCUGGUCCAGGCAGUGCCCUCUUGUCAACGCUCUGCUCUGAAAGUGAAUGCAUCUGCACUGGUGGAUCCUUAGACUACUGCAACAUUGAUCCAUGUCCUGGGCCAUAUUCAAUAUUUGAGCUAGAAAGAGCUGCAUGUGCAAGCCACAGUAGUUAUGCACUCAAGAUCCGGAUUGACACGGAGGAAAUACAAGAAGGCUUCAGGAUCUACAGAUUUACCGUCUUAAACCCGAUAAAAACAGGAGAUGAAGAUGUCCCCCAUCAGGCACAGAGACAAUUGUUCAUCAACGAAGAUUGUGACUGUCCUAAGGUCAAGGGUCGUAAUAUUGGUGGAACCUUUUUGCUUGUUGGCCAGAAGUCACUCAAGUACACCACUGAACAAGGAGAGGAAAGCUUCCGAUACGUGUAUGGCCCAACUUCUAAGCUGGAAGUAUGGCUACAGACAAGAAGGCCUAGAAAUGCAGCUGUAUUUGAUAAACUGGAACAAUUUGAAAACGAAAUGGGAAUUGAAACCGCUUGUUCCAACGAGAUUUAAGUCAUCAAUGAAAGGAAAGAGUACAUCAUGAGCUUGCUUCUUUUUUCUUUUCUUUUUGUUAAUGUAGCUUUAUAUAGAGGUGUCGUGUUCUAGUGGAUAUGUCAUCGGAUAUUGAACACUGUUACAUAGUUCAUUGUUCGAGUCCCACCUUGGCACUGUGUCCUUGGCAAGACAUUUAUCUACAUUUGCCACUUUUCACCUAGGUGAUGUAAAAGGGUACCCAGUAGGGGAAAACAUCGUUAAAUGCUUUACCAACUUAUCCUGGUGGCUCAGCUAUAGCCAGAGUGUCAAUGUGAUAAGCGGAGUAGAGUAUAUUCAUGUAAAAAGAGUAGCUGUUCUAUGUAAAUGGACAUAUUAUAACUAAAUCAUGCCAUUAUGACUUUACUCAUUCAUAUUUGUAAACAUUAGUUGAUAGAUUAUAUACUUGUUUUGUGUAGUAAGUCCUCAGUCUGUUAUUAGAUGGUCAACCUCGACAUUUAAAAAAAAAAGAACAUAAGUUCAUAUUUUUGUAUCUUCAACACAGAGCUUAGUGAAUAUGUAGGACCUUUAUUGCAUGCAGUUGUGAUUCAUUUAUACGUAACCAAACUGGAAGGCACAGUGCCCCCCAAAAAAAACUUUUUCAAGUACCCCUAAAGUGCCCCUUUUACUUUGACUAGUGCCCCUAUUACUUUUUAAAAGUGCCCCUUCCCCUUUUCACCUCUGAUAAGUGCCCCCUUGUUUGACACGUGCCUCGAUCUUUUCCUUCGACAAAUUCCCAUUUUCCUUUGCAAUAAGUGUGCAUAUUCCAUUAUCAUAAGUACCUCUUUUAAUCUCUAGCAAGUACACUUUUUCAUGUUUUAGAAGUGCCCCCGUUCACCUCUGAUAAUUACCCUAUUCCAAUCUGACAAAUGCCCCUUUUCCUUUAUAAGAUGUGCCCCUUUCCCUUUUAUCAGCUACCCCUUUUAACUUGGAUAAGCGCACCAUCUUUUUAACAUGUGACCUUUUUCCUUUCUAAUAAGUGCCCCCAUUUAACACAAAAGAGCCCCUUCUCCUUCCCAAAAAUGCUCCUUUUCACCUAUGAAAAGUGUUCCUUUUUUCACUUCAGAUAAGUGCCCCCUUCAACCUCGAUAAUUGCCCCUAUUCAAAUCUGAGAGAUGCUCGUUUACUUAGAAAAAUGCCCCUUCCCAUCCUUAUAAGUGCGCUUUUCAUCUCUGAUGAGUGCCCCUUUUCAAGUCUAAUAAAUGCCCCUCAUUGGAACGUGCACCUUUUCCUUUCUAACGAAUUCUCUUUUCAUG